GCCGCUUUAAGCAACAGGCUGACGUCGUAAUGGCAAUCUUGCGGCCUUGAUUAAUUCUCUUCCAAAAAUUAGGAAACAUAAAAGAAAAUUAAAAAAAAAAAAAUCGGAAGUGACGGCAUAUCUCUAGGGUUUGUACUUAUAGACAUCGCUCCGACUAAGGAGAAGAGGAAAAAAAUCGAAAAAGAAGAUGGGGUCAAGAGACAAGGACCAAACGACAUCGCAUCAUCAGCCCCUUCUUAGCAGCCUCGUCGUCCGUCCUUCCGUCAGUGAUGGCGGUGAUGGUGGCGCCGGUGGCCGCGGCGGUGGUGGCAGCGACUACGAGCCUGGCGAGGUCCGUCGUGAACCUCCCCCAUAUUCUCGCUCUGAUCGUUACUCCGAUGAUCCUGGAUAUAGAAUUCAUGCAGGUUCUGUUUCUCCUGCACGCCGUAGGGAUGCAGAUCAUCGGUACAAUUCUGAUUAUGAUCAUUCAGGGGGUCCACCACGAGGUCGUGAAUUUGGUAGCGGGAGGGAUUCUGGUAGAUUUCGGGACUCUUCGCCCCCUUAUGCUCGAGGAAGGGUUGGUGGUAGACCACCUGGUAGAGGUUUUGAUGGGCCUGGAUUUGGUCCUGGGCCUUUAAGAGGGGAGGGUAUGGGUAGGAAUAAUCCUAAUGUACGCCCAAGGGAAGGAGAUUGGAUUUGCUCUGAUCCUCUAUGUAACAACCUGAACUUCGCAAGGAGAGAGUACUGUAACAACUGCAAGAGGCCACGCUAUGGACCCGGGGGAAGUCCUCGGAGGGGUUAUCCUGGCCCUCCACAUCCUCAUCCUCCUAGACGCUUCCCUGGUCCUCCGUUGGAUAUUUCCCCUGGCAGGACCAUGAAUGGCUUCAGGUCUCCUCCCCGUGGCUGGGCCAGAGAUGGUCCCAGGGAUUUUGGCCCUGGUGGUCCACCACCUCCAAGACAUGGAGGCAGGUUCUCUGAUCAUGAUAUCAGGAGGGGUCGGCCUGAUUUUCCAGAGGAUGAGUAUAGAGGAAGGAACAAAUUUGACAGGCCAAUGCCAAUGGAAUGGGGUCAUAGAGAUCGUGGAAGAGAUAAUGUCUUUCAUGAUAGAAAAGGGUUCGAGAGACGGUUACCCUCACCGCCUCCACCACCACCAGCACUUGCUCCUCAACAUGGCCGGUGGGGUCGGGAUGCUAGAGAGAGGAGUAGAUCUCCUAUAAGGGGGGGUGCCCCACCCCCAAAAGACUACCGGCGGGAGAUGUACAUGGAACGAGGGCGGGAUGAUCGACGUGGUAUGGGACGAGACAGGAUGGGAGAUGUGUAUUAAUGGUGGUGAAAGAUGGACCUUGCACGAGUAUUGUCCAUACGGUACGGUACAGUAGGUGUGUGUUGUGUACGCUGAGAAACGAUAGUAUGACACAGCUUUUCUUGAACUGAUUAUGGUACACUCUUUAGGACUUGAAUUUAUUGUUUGGGUUUUCCAUUCCUUUUCAUCUUGUACGGUGAAUGUGAGAUUUUGGAGUAGGUUGAAGCUGCCUUUUAGUUGGGGAAUAGCUGCAUUAAUUUGGUUUUUACAUUUUGAUAUGGAUGUGAUGGUGGUUCUAUAUUUGAGUAUCAGGUUUUAGGUCAGCAAUGCACGUAACGAGAUUAUCAUUAUCAUAGUCAGUCGGAUGAGAUUCGCCUAUCUGACUUGUUCGAUCCUCUGUUAUUUCUAAUUUCUCUCGUUUUAUAUCUGUUAAAUGGAUGAAUUAUGAUAAGCUAUUCUGAAUAAUCUUACAAUUCUAUUUUCUUA